AUGGAUAACCAGCCGGCGAGCGGCAACAGCUCUGAUCGAGAAGGGGACACAUUUGAAGAUGCCACCGAAAUGAACCCCCGCCCGACAUCCCACUCCGACCGCUCGAGGUCAAGAUCUCUGACCGCCCGACGCACCUCCUCGUCUUCCACCGCUCGAGAAGGCCGAACUGACUCUCCGCCGCCCGGCAUACCGAACGGAGCGAAUGUCGAAGGGGAACACCACAAUGGACACACUGAUGCUGCAGAAGGGCAUGCACUAGCAUCGCUGGAGAAAUCCCCCCUGCUCACGGCGCAUAGGAUAUCGGUGACUUCUGACAUGGAUGACGUGGCUUUGGACGAAGACGGGGUAAAAACCCCUGGCCUCCUUCCCAAGUUACCACCUCGAGAUACAACCGAAGGCGGCCUUCAAGGCCUCUCCGGGAAGAUGUCCCCCGUCAAAUUUCCUCCUCCGCCACCUCCUCCAGCUGCCUCAGAGAAACACAAUUCCCUACCCGCAGCAGCCCCGCCAUCUAGGAAACUGGCCAGUCCGUUUUCGUGGCUGACCAGAAAUACCUCAAGCAAGAAGCCCGAAUCUCCUCCUCUGCCGUCUUCCGAGCGAAGAAACACAAAUGCAUCCAUAGCUACGGUUGGAAGCAACCCAGAGCUCACACUGAGCAAGAUCGAGCAUGAGGGUGAACAGCCGCCGAACAAUCGCUCAAGCCAGAGCAGCCUGCGUGAACGCUUCAAAUUCCUUCGCAUGAAGGAAGAAGCUGGCAUAUCUAUGGGAGAUGAGGCAGGUGAACCUGGCCACGCCGGAGCUCUUGCUGGUCUCCUUGGACGAACGACAAGUAUCGGACUGGGUGUUGGUAGCCCGACAAGCGUGGCAGAGGAAAAAGAUGAACAUGGUGCAGGAGUCCUAUCUGGCCCAACCAGCCCACGGCCUGGCUCUCUUGGAAAGCAACCCUCUAUCAACCCUAAACUCGCUCCUGGAACGGCCUCAGGAAUGGCAGCAGGACCUGCGGAUUCAGCUGAACCAGUAGAUUGGGAUCUUUGGCAGUCCGUCGUCUACGAAGGGCCAGCUGCUGUUGCUCGUACCAGCGCAGAGGAACUCAAUCGAGCCGUCGCAAGUGGUAUUCCUCAAGUUAUCCGUGGUGUCGUCUGGCAAGCUUUGGCGCAAAGCAAGAACGAGGAUUUAGAAGUUAUGUACAAAGAGUUGGUUGCCCGCGGAACUGAUAAAGAGCACAUAGCAAUCCAAACUCCUCACGUAUCCCGCGGGGAGACCAAUGGCAUAAAUGGAAAAGAGAAGGGCUCAGUCGCUUCGUCAUCGUCAUCAGUUCACUCUGACUACUCGAGUCCUGCUACUACUGCUGGAAGUACGAAUGCUGCCUUGGCGUCACCCUCACUUCCAACGGACAGUGCCGAAGACAUUGCCAAAAUGCAAGCUAAAUUUGCAGCAGAGAAAAAACAAAAGACCAAGGACGAACAUGCCGCUCUCCAAAAGCUGGAAAAGGCUAUUAAGCGCGAUCUAGGCACUCGUACGAGCUACUCGAAGUUUGUCAUGGCCGCAGGACUCCAAGAUGGGCUUUUCGGGAUUUGUAAAGCUUACGCCUUGUUUGAUGAGUCCGUUGGAUAUGCGCAGGGUAUGAAUUUCAUUGCCAUGCCUUUGUUAUUCAAUAUGCCAGAAGAAGAAGCCUUCUGUUUGUUCGUGCGGCUGAUGAAUAAGUAUGGGCUCCGAGACCUAUUCAUUCAGGAUAUGCCUGGGUUGCACCUACACCUCUACCAGUUUGAGCGUCUUCUAGAGGAUUUUGAGCCUGCUCUGUACUGCCAUCUUCAUCGCCGCGAGGUCAAGCCGCAACUCUACGCAACGCAAUGGUUCCUCACUCUCUUCGCCUACCGGUUCCCGUUGCAGCUCGUCCUUCGUAUCUACGAUCUGAUCCUCAGUGAAGGUCUUGAGGGAGCAAUCCUCAAGUUUGGUAUCGUCUUAAUGCAGAAGAAUGCAGAAACACUACUGGGAAUGAAGGAUAUGUCAACCCUCACCACCUUCUUGAAGGAGAGGCUUUUCGACGUAUACAUUGACAAAGCACCAACGGCAUCUUCUAUUCUUGAGAGUGGAUUCUUUGGCUCUAGCGGCGGUGUGGAUAAAGAGGUGUAUCGGGCAGAUAUGCUUGUCAGGGAUGCUGUUGCUGUAAAGGUUACUCCUGAGAUGUUGAAGCAGUAUACGGCUGAAUGGAAAGAACAACAACGGAUUGAGAAAGAACGGGAAACCGAGCUGCAUAGUUUGAAGGACAAAGUGGGCUUUUUGGAAGGCAAAGUACGGCAGCUUGAACACCGUGCCGAGCAGUCCGACACUGAGCACGUACAAGUGGCCUCGGAGUUAGUCAAGACCAAGGUCGAGAACGAGAACAUGGCCGAUGAGAACGAAACACUCAAGACUAAGGUUGAGGAACUCCAGAAGAUUGUUGAAACCCAGCCUGAAGAAGUCGAGGCUAGGUUGAAGAACCAGAUGGAGGACGUUAUGCAAAAGAACAUUGUCGUUCACAACGAGAAUAGGGCGCUAGAGGAGCAAAUGCAGGAAAUGGAAAAGGAGCUUGUCGCUACGAAAAUGCAAUGGGCAACGAUCAAUGAGGAAUACGAGGCCUUGAAGCAGAAGUGGAACAACAUCACUCAGAUGAUGAGUCGAUAA